AUGCCGCAAGCUGUUCGCAAACACCGGUUGAAGAAGAAAGAGAAGAAGAAGACCGCCAAUGUCAAGGCUAUUGUGACCCAAGCGAUUCUGGCAGCGUCGCUCUCUCCGCAGAUCCUGGAGAACCCCAAGGCUUUCACAAUUGGCUCUGCAUGCAGCGGGUGGUGCAGCGAACUUUUUGCUUGCCAUCGUCUGCAGCUUCCUUACAUUCCAGUGUUUGCCUGUGACAUCAACGCUCACUGCAAGAAGGGUUUCCUUGCCAGCCGUGGUCCAGAGCCGGAAAAGGUGAAGGAGAAAGGGAUGGCAAAGGAAGAGGCAGCAUUGUUUGGUUCCUUAUCUGUUGGAUUGCUGCCCACUUGCCCCGUGCUAGAAGAGUUGAAGAAACUCAAGAAAGAUGGCCGGGACGCCUAUUACUUGUCAUGGCGCAUGCUGAAUGCAUUGGACUAUGGGACUCCCCAGAACCGGGAGAGAGUGAUGAUCUGCGGGAUUCGCUCAGAUGAUGGAGCUCGUGAGAUGGCUUGGCCGCCGCCAGUCCGCGUGAGAAAAUCUAUCCAUGGCUACAUUGAUAGCGCAAUUGAGGGCGACACGGCAUUCCCUGGAAGGUUGCCAACUCCGAGAAGUGAAAGACGGAAUGUGGAACAAGUCCUGAAGAAAUUGCAAUCACAAGGACGGCAGCCGUUGCAAAGCCCUUUUGUCAUCGACAUUGGCGGAUCAAAGCCUCAUUUCUCAGAGGGGUAUUCACCUUGCAUUACCCACACCCGUGGAGGCAGUGGUGGACAUUGGCUGACGUGGAAGCAAAGGAAAAUGACAACUGUGGAGUUGAUUCAGCUCAUGGAUGUGCCGCCCGCAUCACUUCAAAUGAGCCGGGUGAGUCCGAGGCAGAUUGGGCUCAUGGCGGGAAAUGCAAUUCCCGUUAAGAUGCUGUCCCGUGUUUUGCGGGCAGCUCUGCAGAGCGCCAACAUGGCUUGA